CUCGAAUUUCUAAUUUGGCAACGCCGUGGAUGGAUGGAUGGCUAAUUGGUUCUCGGAGUAAUUAUGAUACGCUUCUAAAAUACAGAGAGAAGAACAACAUAUUUUUGUUACGCAUAUACGUACUUCAUACACGCACGCAAAUGGUAUUGAAUUCAUGUUCGUAGUCUUUACUUUAGAACCUGGACCUGGCCACAGCAUUUAUAACGAUACAUUUGACUUGCAUUGAGUCUUAUGAUUGUUGAAUCUCGUACCAUGUGAAAUGGAUCUUCAGUAUAUGAUAUUGUUGGUGUUCAUUGUUGCCAUGUGUGAUGCCACUGUACUGAUAAAUGAGUUGAAAAUGGACGCAAUAGAUGCACAGUUCAUUGAACUUUAUAAUACUGCCAGCCAAUCAGUGCCUUUAAAAAACUUUACAAUUGUACUUUACCAUGGCGACAUGGCUUAUAAUGUUAUCACCUUUGCAACUGAAGAUGUCAUUGCUCAGAAAGGGUUUUACGUAAUUGGACCAGCUGGUAGCCAUUCAAAUUUUGGGGAAAUUGAUUUAAAAAAUGGUGGUAAUGCUGUAGCACUUUACUUUGGUAACACCUCCAAUUUUAACAUUAGCACGACGGCCAUCAAUCUCAGUCUAGUUGAUGCUGUAGUCUAUUUCAGUAAUGAUUAUUAUUAUUACGAAGACCAGACUUUGACAGAUAUUUUCGCGCCUGGUCAGGAUGCUCUUAAUAAAAGUGUAUCUCAUCUGCAUGAGAGUUUUAGUCGUUGCCUUGGUAAUGACCCAUUAAAACUUUCCCAGUUUAUAUUAAGUGCUGCAACACCUGGUUUAGGUAAUAUAUGCAAUGGUUUACCCACACAUGUCACAUUGGAUCCAUUAUCACCUCAUAUAGUCAUAAAUGAAAUUGACAUUGAUGCCGAAAGUCAAUAUAUCGAACUGUAUGAUGGUGGAUCAGGUAAUAUCAUAUUAGACAGAUUGAUAUUAACAUUGAUAGAUGGCUUCUCUGGUAAUGUAUACUACAGCUUAGAUUUGACUGGACAUACUACAGAUGAUAAUGGUUAUAUUGUUAUUGGUACCAGACCGGCUCCUUGGGUGCCAGAUAUUGAGUUACCACCAAGCAUUAUCCACAGAGUUGGCCUCAAUGCGGUCGCUUUAUAUUACACCGAUCUUGGCAGUAUGCAAAUAGGUACUCGUGUUACUAAUGAGAACCUUGUGGAUGCCGUUGUUUAUUCAUCAAAUGAGCAAUACCAUCGUGACCGUUCAUUGAUUUACAUUCUCACUCCAGGUCAGGAUGUCAUCAUGGAAAAUCCUGACUUUGUAGAAGGUUCAAAUUCUUUAAGUCGUUGCCAUGGUUGGAGACCUCGAAUAACUAGUUCCUUCACCAUCACAACGAUUACCCCAGGUGCUGAUAAUAAUUGUACAUUGCCUCGAAUAUUGUUAAAUGAGAUUAACAUUGCUCAGUCUAGAUCAAGAAUACACUACUUUGAGUUCAUUGAGUUGUUUGAUGGUGGAGAUGGUCAUCAGUCGUUAGAUGGUAUUCUGAUUGUUUUGUAUAAUGGUAAGAAUGACAAGUCUUAUCUUACAAUCGAUUGCACAGGAUAUUCUACCGAUGAAAAUGGAUUUUUUAUUAUUUCGGGAGAUGUCAAUAACACACUGGAUGCCGAGAUAAGAAUAUCUUUCAAUAAACAAGGAUUUAUCCAAAAUGGACCAGAUGCCAUUGCUCUUCAUCUGGCACCUCCUAACAGGUAUCCAGAUGAUACUCCAGUCAACUCAUUUCGUCUGAUUGAUGCUAUCGUAUAUGGUACCAAUGACCCACCAGAUUUGGACCUUAUAGAGAUGUUACUACCAGGUCAACACCAGAUAAAUGAAAAUCCAUUAUUUCAGCCAGUAGAUUAUAGUAUAAGCCGCUGUGAAUGCUGUGAACCACUGAACUCUGCUCAGUUUGGUCUUGGUCCUGCCUCACCACGUGCUCUGAAUGUAGAAUGUAUACAGAAUAAUGAUACCAUUACUGAGACGAUUUCAUUACUACAGACGCUAGUCAGAAUCAAUGAAGUGAGUGUUGAUGGUCAUAGUGAAUUUAUUGAGUUAAGCAGUGCAUACAAGUUUGUGCCAUUGGACAGGAUGAUGGUGGUGCUCUAUAAUAACAGUAAUGGAAGAUCUUAUAAAUCAUUUAAUUUAACUGGGCAUCAGACUGAUGGACAUGGAUUAUUUGUGAUUGGAUCAUCUGCUGUUGCAUCAUCACCUAAUCUCCUUGUGAUUGGUCAAUCUUGGCUUCAGAAUGCAGAAGCCGCUGUGGCCCUAUACAUGGUACGCUGGGGUAGGCUGGACUGUCUUCUUUGA